AUGGCCAACCCACGCGUCUUCUUUGACAUCUCCAUCGGCGGCCGUCCCAUAGGCCGCAUCAACAUGGAGCUCUUCGCCAACGAGGUCCCCAAGACCGCCGAGAACUUCCGCGCACUCUGCACCGGCGAGAAGGGCGUUGGCAAGGCUGGCGAGCCCCUCCACUACAAGGGGGCCAUCUUCCACCGGGUCAUCAAGGAGUUCAUGAUCCAGGGUGGUGACUUCACAGCUGGCAACGGCACGGGUGGCGAGUCCAUCUACGGUGAGAAGUUUGAGGACGAGAAGUUUGUGCGGAACCACGACGAGCCAUUUCUGCUGAGCAUGGCGAAUGCUGGGCCCAACACCAACGGAAGUCAAUUCUUCAUCACAACGGCCUUGACACCGCACUUGGACGGCAAGCACGUCGUCUUCGGCAAGGUCCUCUCCGGGAAGAACGUCGUCCGACAGAUUGAGUACACGCAGACCGCGCCUGGCGAUGCGCCCGUGAAGGAUGUCAAGAUUGAGGACUGUGGUGAGCUCGCCGGUGACGAGGCGGUCUCCGCCGAUGUACAGGAGCCGGAUGAGUUUGGCGACAAAUAUGCCGACUUCCCCCAGGACUGGGAGGGUGAGGGCGACAUUGACGCCAAGAGCGUCCUCGCGAUCGCCACGGCGUGCAAGGAGUACGGCACCAAGGCAUUCAAGGCGGGCAAGCUGCAGGUCGCGCUGGACAAGUAUCAGAAGGGUCUGCGCUACCUCAACGAGGACCCUGAUCUCGACAAAGAGCCCGCCGACACCAAGAAGGCGCUCGACACCUUGCGGUUCGGGCUGAACAACAACUCUGCGCUCAUGGCGACCAAGCUCGAGAUAUGGGACGAUGCCAUCACUCACGCCACGCGCGCCCUUGCCGUCGAAGGUCUGGCCGACAAGGACAAGGGCAAGGCGCUCUUCCGAAAGGGCUACGCGGAGGUAAGGAUCAAGGACCGCGAGGCGGCGCUCAAGGAUCUGGAGGAAGCGAGCAAGCUGUGUCCCGGCGAUGGGGCCAUCGUUGCGGAGCUGGAGAGCGUCAGGGCGCGCGCGAAGGAACAGGCCGCCAAGCAAAAGGCGGCUCUGAAGAAGUUCUUUUCCUCGUAG